GCCGCGCGCCUGAAGGGAGCUGCUGGUGGGGCCCAGGGAGUCCCCGCCCGAGACUGCGCCGCCGCCGCCGCUGCCAUGGCUACAAAAGACCCCACAGCAGUAGAAAGAGCAAACUUGUUAAACAUGGCUAAACUCAGUAUCAAAGGACUCAUUGAAUCUGCUCUAAGCUUUGGCCGCACUUUGGAUUCUGAUUAUCCCCCCUUGCAGCAGUUCUUCGUGGUUAUGGAACAUUGUCUGAAACAUGGUCUUAAAGUAAGAAAAUCGUUUUUGAGUUAUAACAAAACUAUCUGGGGCCCUUUGGAGCUGGUGGAGAAGCUGUACCCAGAAGCAGAGGAAAUAGGAGCUAGUGUCCGGGAUUUACCUGGUCUUAAUGAAUUCUAUGAGUAUCAUGCACUAAUGAUGGAAGAAGAAGGAGCAGUAAUCGUUGGGCUACUGGUUGGCCUGAAUGUGAUAGAUGCUAAUCUGUGUGUAAAGGGAGAAGAUUUAGACUCACAAGUUGGAGUGAUUGAUUUUUCCAUGUAUUUAAAGAAUGAAGAAGAUAUUGGAAAUAAGGAAAGGAAUGUUCAAAUCGCUGCAAUAUUAGACCAGAAGAAUUACGUUGAAGAAUUAAAUAGAUAACU